AGCGCCUAGCGGUGGAGCCAAUCCUAUUCAAUCCUGCCACCCAUUUUAAGUUUUGAAAAUCCCCCGUCAACAGCGAAACACCUUCGUUCGUGGGUAAAAAGGGACAUUUUUGGCGGGAAAAUCCUCCCACAAACUUUGAGCGAGUAUGGAAGGCAGCGAGAGCGAGGCGAUAUUCGAGUCGCUGAAUGUGAAGCCCCAACUCUUCAUCAACGAAACCCUAAACACCGUCGACGACUUGGUGGAUGACGCUUUUCAUUUCUUUCAGCAACAAGCCUCAACCCUUUUGAAUACCCAUGCCACCGACAGAUCCGAAGAUCUAACCAAGGGUAUUGCUAAUGUACGCAGUAUGGUUCAGUCGGUUUUGGAUAAGCGGCUGGCUAUGUGGGAGAAGUACUGUCUUCACCACUGUUUUGCUGUUCCUCAGAGGUUUUCUAUUCCCAAAACUGAUGAAUCAAGUGGCGACGGUUUGAUAUGUCAAGAAGCACUCUGUGACCCAGAUCUGGAUGCACAGUUGGAGUCCUUGAGGAACAAGCUCAUUGCGGUUGAGAAAGAGUCUACUGUGCUUAACCAUGAGCUCCAAGCAUUAGAAAGGCAUUCUGCGUCUAAUAAUCGUUGUGCUGGCUUUGUCAACGAGGCAUUACAAUUAUAUGAGCAGAACUCUGUGCAUGACUUGUUCCAGGAGAUGGUGCAAACUGGGUCAGAACUCCGUGCGAAAAUGGUGAAGUUGAAGACCAGAAGAUUGGUAGUGUCUGAACAUACUAAAACACACGGGAUUUACAAUCCAAACAGAGAUUUGUCUAGGAUAGAUAACAAGGGCUUCUCUAAUGCAAAGUUGGAAGAACUUGAAGAGUUUUUAGCGGAAACGAAGAACAUGUGAACAAACAUUUGUGUUGUUUUGUGGGUGUUGGAUUGCAGGAGUUAGUUGCCUUUUAGGUUAACCGUUCUUAUUCCUUUUUCCCAUGUUAUUAUUUGUAUUCGCUUUACUAUUUGUUCUUCAAAUCACCACGGUGGUGUUAACUGUAAUCACCUGCUGUAUGUAAGUAUAUGAAAAAUGCUUCAGUCGGUGGAUGUGUCGCAUGGAGAUGGCAAUAGCCUCUUAGGGACGGUGAGGGCUAUCUGUUAAGCAUUUUUUUUUUCUAUAUAGAUUAAUAUCUCUUUUAGGCGCAGUGGAAGAUGUAGGAAUAUGGAUUCAACA